AUGAGCUCCGCCCCCUGCACCGCGGCUGAGGGUGAGCUGUGUAUGGUGCAGCGACUGUGCCACACCGAAGAGGAGCGGGCUCCCGUUCCUAAGUUCUGGCCUGAAAGCCCAGAGGCUCACAAAUGCCUGCCCUCCCACAUGCUCCUGCCUUCUCCUCCACUGUCAUCUUGCAGCCCCUCUGCUCGCCCCCAGCCCACCAUCUAUGCGGUGCGAGCUCCGUGGGACUGCCAUCCUCCAGCAUCGCCAUGGCUGAAGUUUCCCUUGACUCCGCCUCCAGCCUCUAAGCCCCGAACUCCACCUCGGCCCAUGGACCCCAUCGGCUCCACCAUGGCUCCUAGAUGUUCUUGUAGUCUGGUGCAAACAGAUGGCUUGACUUCAUCACUCCGAGAGGCCAUGCUCUCACACAGAGGUUAUCUGUCCUUCUACAGGAAAGUAGUUUCUGGUGUGCUCACCCGUAGGCUUCACAGAGGCAUCUCUAGCACGUUAUUGGUGAUGCGUCCUGUCAGCGGCUUGUUGUCCGGGAAAGUGACCCUUCCAUGUUACUUCUCCAUCAACCCCACUGUCGGACCUAGAAACAGAAAUGCCUCCGGAACAGAUUACCUGCGCAUCAAAUGGACCAAAAUUGAGGAGGGUGUUGAGUCGACUGUUCUUGUCACCCAAAACGGCGUCAUUAAGAUCGGUUCAGGGUACAGGAGCCGUGUAUCUGUGCAGAGUCAUCCGGAAGACAUUGGGGAUGCUUCUCUGACUAUGGUGAAGCUUCGGGCCAGUGAUGCUGGAACAUACCGCUGUGAAGUGAUGUUUGGGAUUGAAGACACACAAGACACAGUCAGUUUGAAUGUUGAGGGCGUGGUGUUUCACUACAGGUCAAAGGUCAGCAGAUACAUCAUGAACUAUGCACAAGCUGUGCAGACCUGCAGCAAUGUUGGAGCCACCAUUGCUACAGCAGAACAGCUGAGAGCUGCUUAUGAGGAUGGAUUGGACCAGUGUGAUGCUGGUUGGAUAGCAGAUCAAACAGUGAGAUAUCCAAUCACUAGACCAAGGCCUGGCUGCUUUGGAAAUCUGCCUGGAAAACCUGGUGUCAGGUCAUAUGGCAAACGCAGGCCCACAGAGACCUACGACGUGUACUGCUUUGUGGAUAAACUCGAGGGUAAUGUUUUCUUUGCGCCCACAAUGCGUAAGAUGAACUUUAAUGAGGCCAAGGCUGAGUGUGAAAGCAUGAAUGCAGAGCUGGCCUCACCUGGUCAACUCCACGCUGCCUGGAGACAGGGCCUGGACCGCUGUGAUUAUGGAUGGCUGUCUGAUGGCAGUGCUCGCCACCCUGUCUCCAUACCCAGAAGUCAGUGCGGUGGUGGUCUGCUGGGUGUCCGCACCAUGUACCGCUACCGAAACCAAACAGGCUUCCCAGAUCCCAAUAUGAGGCUAGGAGCGUACUGUUUCAAAGGUUGUAAGCUUUUAUUCAACCAGUCCUCCUGGGUGGAUGUCACAGUUCAGAGUGGUACCACUAUGGAGCCCACCACAGGCCAGACUCUCUCCAGUCUCUCUCCUAAGGCCAGUCCGUCUCAUGCAUCACAGGCCACCUCUAAUGAUGACCUGUCUCCAACAGAUGCCCCUUCUAUGUUUUCUACAAGCAUGGCACCACCAAAGACAAGCCACGUCCCUGACAGACUAGAAUCCAUCAUCACACCUUUUGCAGCAGCAGUCAGUGCGAAAUCUGAGGAAGGCUUUCCCACAACAAAACUUACAGAUUUUGAUAUUAGUGAUUUUGGCACUGAGAAGGCUGGUGACAAAGCAAAAGUUCGUGGAGAUGUGAUCCGUGGAGAACUUACUACUGCAGUUCCCACAGCCAUAGAGGAACCAAUGGAGGAGACAGAGGACAAGAACAUCAUUAAAGUGAAGACCGUUCUACCUGAUAUUUUACUCUCAGACUCCCUAAGCACGAAACCGAUGUUUGCAGUCGGCAAAACAGAGGAGUCUAUCCUGGUUGGGGUUACAAGAGACAGAGUUUUAGAAUCAGAGGCCACUGUAGUCACAGUAAACACUGAAGAACCUGGACACAAAACUUUAUCGUCCUCUCUUAGUGAAUCCAUCACAAAAUUUCCAGCACAGAUUCUGAUGCACACAGCUGGUGAGACCAGUGCUGGUAAAGGUGAGACUGAAUCACAUGCUUCCACACAGUCAUCUUUUACACUGGCAACAGAGGCCACUUUUCUUGAGAGUGCUAAGCCUACUGUGUUCUCUGAGUAUGAAGAUGAGACUGGCGUUGGUGUUGUUAUGGCGAACCCCCCACCUCUGUCUACACAGAGAUCCACCAGCCCAGAACCUGAACCUUCGGAGACCUCCAGUGGAGUUACCAUCUCUGACCCUACAGUCACAUCAGCUGUUUUUAUGCAAAGCUCACAACCUGGAGAAUCUUUAGAAACUACAGGGACCUCCAAAUUGGCACAAAAGGCAUCUCAAACAUUCACCAGCUAUUCAGAAAGCAAAACUGUUGAAGUGACUGAUCAUGUUACAAAGUCACUGGGUUUGACUACACCCAGUUCAGCCACAGUUGCUGCAGGAGCAGCAAUAGCAAUGCCUUCAUUUAUUGACCAUGAAACAUCACAUGAAGAAGCUACAUCAGGUCCUUCAGAGGCAUCCAGGGAGACACUAACAGAGGCCACGGACACCACCACUGAUUCUGAUCACACAUCAGUUAAUCAAAGUCUGAUGCCUUUUGGAGAGCCACAUUCUCACACUCCUCAGUUGGUAGACAUCCCCGAGAUACCUGAUGAUCUUCUUCCUGUUGAUGGGGAGACUGUUGUGGCAAGUGGAGAUUUCUUGUCCUCUCUAGCCGUUACCAUGACACCAACAGUCAGCUUCAUAAAUGGCAAGUUUGAGGUGACACUUAAAGAUGUGGCAGAAGAAGUUAGAGGAGAUACAUUUGGAACAACCACCACAGCUACUCUGAUGGAGGACAAAGAUCUGUCAGCAAAACCAUCUGAAUCCACCAUCAUUAAUGUUUCAGACACUCUGUUCUCCUCUUCUCAGACAGGACAUUUAGAUGAAACAUUAUCUGAAAGCACUGUUACAAUGAUCUCGGAGAAGACAACUGCCAAAGAUGGGCUGUCACCUUCAAGUUUUUCUUCAAGCCUGACAUCCAUGGUGUCUGAAGCUUCAGGAGAUGACACCUCUGAUUUGUUUAGCAAAGAGUUCACAACAACAAGUUCUUCACUUUAUACUCCAACCAAAUCAGACUAUGAACUUACCAAAACAACAUCUGACACAACAGAAACAAUCUCAGUUUCCAGCUCAACAGAUGCUGAAGCUAUAAAAGAUCAGACAACUGAGACACAUAGUAGAGAACCUGUUUCCAUUCUCGACUCAACAGGAAGAAUCGUCACAAGUCAAGAUAAUACAACACAUAUAGGAGCAGUAACUGUGACGGAGGCAACAGAACAAUCAACAAAGUCAUCUGAGUUCACCAUCACUGAUGUUUCAGAGACUCUGUUCCCAUCCACUCGGGCUAGACUUUUAGAUGAUAAAUUAUCUGAAAGCACUGUCAAAAUCACAAUGACCUCAGAGAAGAUAACAGUAAAAGAUCAACUGUCACUUUCAAGUUUUACUUCAGUUUUGCCGUCUGAAGCUUCAGGAGAUGAGACAUCUGACAUGUUUAGCAAAGAAUUUACAACAAGAAGUUAUUCAUUGUACAGCACAACCAAAUCAGACAAAGAACUCAGCAAAACCACAGCAACUAUCUCAGGGUCCAGCUCAACAGAUGCUGAUAUCACAAGAGAUCAGACAACUGAGACACAUAGUAGAGAACCUGUUUCCUCUCUUGGCUCUACUUCAUCUAACACAGUACAUACAUUUGCAUCAUUGAGCACUGGGGACUCAACAGCACGAACACUCACAAGUCAAGACAUUACUUUACAUACAGCAACACCCACAGUGACUGUGAUGGAGGAAAAAGAGUUGUCAGCAAAAUCGUCUGAGUCCACCAUCAUUGAUGUUUCAGAGACUCUGUUCUCCUCUUCUCAGACGGGACAUUUAGAUGAAACAUUAUCUGAAAGCACUGUUACAAUGACCUUGGAGAAGACAACUGCCAAAGAUGGGCUGUCACCUUCAAGUUUUUCUUCAAGUUUGAAAUCCAUGGUGUCUGAAGCUUCAGGAGAUGAGACCUCUGAUUUGUUUAGCAAAGAGUUCACAACAAGAAGUUCUUCACUUUAUACUCCAAACAAAUCAGACCAAGAAACACCAUCUGACACAACAGAAACAAUCUCAGUGUCCAGCUCAACAGAUGCCGAAGCUACAAGAAAUCAGACAACUGAGACACAUAGUAGAGAACCUGUUUCCUUUAUUGACUCUACGUUUUCAUCACUGAGCGCUGGGGACUCAACGGGAGAAACCGUUACAAGUAAAGAUGUUACAUCUCAUACAGAAGCAACCACAAUUACUCUGAUGGAGGACAAAUAUCUCUCAGCAAAACCAUCUGAAUCCACCAUCAUUAAUGUUUCAGAGACUCUGUUCUCCUCUCCUCAGACUGGACAUUUGGGUGAGACAUUAUCUGAAAGCAGUGUUACAAUGAACUCAGAGAAGACUGCUGUCAAAGAUCUACUGUCACAAUCAAAUUUUUCUUCUAGUUUGCCAUCUACAGAGUCUGAAGCUUCAGCAGAUAAGACCUCUGAUUUGUUUAGCAAAGAGUUCACAACGACAAGAUCUUCACUUUAUACUCCAACCAAAUCAGACCAAGAAACACCAUCUGACACAACAGAAACAAUCUCAGUGUCCAGCUCAACAGAUGCCGAAGCUACAAGAAAUCAGACAACUGAGACACAUAGUAGAGAAACUGUAACUAGUGCUGUACAUACAUUUUCAUCACUGAGUGCUGGGGACUCAACAGGAGAAACAGUUACAAGUAAAGACGUUACAUCAAAUAUAACAACAACCACAGCUACUCUGAUGAAGGAAAAAGAUCUGUCAGCAAAACCAUCUGAAUCCACCAUGAUUAAUGUUUCAGAGACUCUGUUCCCCUCUCCUCAGACUGAACAUUUAGAUGAGACAUUAUCUGAAAGCACUGUAACAAUGACCUUGGAGAAGACAACUGCCAAAGAUCUACUGUUACCAUCAAGUUUUUCUUCAAGUUUACCGUCUACAGAGUAUGAAUCUUCAGGAGAUGUGACCUCUGAUAUGUUCAGCAAAGAGUUCACAAUGAGAAGUUCUUCACUUUAUACUCCAACCAAAUUAGACCAUGAACUUAACAAAACAUUGUCUGACACAACAGAAACAAUCUCAGUGUCCAGCUCAACAGAUGCUGAAGGUACAACAGAUCAGACAACUGAGACAUAUAGUAGAGAAACUGUAACUAGUGCUGUACAUACAUUUUCAUCACUGAUCAUUGGGGACUCAACAAGAAGAGCAGUUACAAGUAAAGAUGUUCCAUCUCAUACAGCAACCACAUCUACUAUGAUGGAGGACAAAUAUCUCUCAGCAAAAACAUCUGAAUCCACCAUCAUUGAUGUUUCAGAGACUCUGUUCUCUUCUUCUCAGACGGGACAUUUAGACAAAACAUUAUCUGAAAGCACUGUUACAAUGAUCUUGGAGAAGACAACUGCCAAAGAUGGGCUGUCAUCUUCACGUUUUUCUUCAAGCUUGACGUCCAUGGUGUCUGAAGCUUCAGGAGAUGAGACCUCUGAUUUGUUUAGCGAAGAGUUCACAACAACAAGUUCUUCACUUUAUACUCCAAACAAAUCAGACCAUGAACUUAACAAAACAUUGUCUGACAUGACAGGAAUAAUCUUAGUUUCCAGCUCAACAGAUGCUGAAGCUACAACAGAUCAGACAACUGAGACAUAUAGUAGAGAAACUGUAACUAGUGUUGUACAUACAUUUUCAUCAAUGAGCGCUGGGGACUCAACAGAAGAAACAGUUACAAGUAAAGAUUUUACACGUCAAACAGCUCCAACCACAGCUACAAUGAACGAGGACAACGAUCUGUCUGCAAAACCAUCUGAAUCGACCAUCAUUAAUGUUUCAGAGACUCUGUUCUCAUCUGCUCAGACUGGACAUUUAGAUGAAACAUUGUCUGAAAGCACUGUUACAAUGGUCUUGGAGAAGACAACUUCCAAAGAUGGGCUGUCACCUUCAAGUUUUUCUUCAAGCUUGACUUCCAUGGGGUCCGAAGCUUCAGGAGAUGAGACCUCUGAUUUGUUUAGCAAAGAGUUCACAACAACAAGUUCUUCACUUUAUGCUCCAAACAAAUCAGAACAAGAAAUACCAUCUGACACAACAGAAACAAUCUCAGUGUCCAGCUCAACAGAUGCUGAAGUUACAAGAUAUCAGACAACUGAGACACAUAGUAGAGAGCCUGUUUCCUCUCUUGACUCUACUGUAACUACUGCUGUACAUACAUUUUCAUCACUGAGCACUGGGGACUCAACAGGAGAAACUAUUACUAGUAAAGAUGUUGCAUCUCAUACAGCAACAACCACAGCUACUCUGAUAGAGGAAACAGAUCUGCUAGGAAAACCAUCUGAAUCCACCAUAAUUAAUGUUUCAGACACUCAGUUCUCCUCUCCUCAGACUGAACAUUUAGACAAGACAUUGUCUGAAAGCACAGUUACAAUGACCUUGGAAAAGACAACUGCCAAAGAUCUACUGUCACCGUCAAGUUUUUCCUCAGGUUCACCAUCUAAAGAGUCGGAAGCUUCAGGAGAUGAGACCCCUGAUAUGUUCAGCAAAGAGUUCACAACGACAAGUUAUUCACUUUAUACUCCAACCAAAUCAGACCAUGAACUUAACAAAACAUCAUCUGAUAUGACAGAAACAAUCUCAGUGUCCAGCUCAACAGAUGCUGAAGCUACAAGAGAUCAGACAACUGAGACAUAUAGUAUAGAACCUGUUUCCUUUAUUGACUCUACGUUUUCAUCACUGAGCACUGGGGACUCAACAGGAGAAACCGUUACAAGUAAAUAUGUUACAUCUCAUACAGAAGCAACCACAUCUACUAUGAUGGAGGACAAAGAUCUGUCAGCAAAACCAUCUGAAUCCACCAUCAUUAAUGUUUCAGAAGCUCUGUUCUCAUCUGCUCAGACUGGACAUUUAGAUGAAACAUUGUCUGAAAGCACUGUUACAAUGGUCUUGGAGAAGGCAACUACCAAAGAUGGGCUGUCACCUUCAAGUUUUUCUUCAAGCUUGACGUCCAUGGAGUCCGAAGCUUCAGGAGAUGAGACCUCUGAUUUGUUUAGCAAAGAGUUCACAACAAGAAGUUCUUCACUUUAUACUCCAAACAAAUCAGAACAAGAAACACCAUCUGACACAACAGAUACAAUCUCAGUGUCCAGCUCAACAGAUGCUGAAGGUACAAGAUAUCAGACAACUGAGACACAUAGUAGAGAGCCUGUUUCCUCUCUUGACUCUACCACUGAACAUUUAGACAAGACAUUGUCUGAAAGCACUGUUACAAUGGUCUUGGAGAAGGCAACUACCAAAGAUGGGCUGUCACCUUCAAGUUUUUCUUCAAGCUUGACGUCCAUGGAGUCCGAAGCUUCAGGAGAUGAGACCUCUGAUUUGUUUAGCAAAGAGUUCACAACAAGAAGUUCUUCACUUUAUACUCCAAACAAAUCAGAACAAGAAACACCAUCUGACACAACAGAUACAAUCUCAGUGUCCAGCUCAACAGAUGCUGAAGGUACAAGAUAUCAGACAACUGAGACACAUAGUAGAGAGCCUGUUUCCUCUCUUGACUCUACCACUGAACAUUUAGACAAGACAUUGUCUGAAAGCACUGUUACAAUGGUCUUGGAGAAGGCAACUACCAAAGAUGGGCUGUCACCUUCAAGUUUUUCUUCAAGCUUGACGUCCAUGGAGUCCGAAGCUUCAGGAGAUGAGACCUCUGAUUUGUUUAGCAAAGAGUUCACAACAAGAAGUUCUUCACUUUAUACUCCAAACAAAUCAGAACAAGAAACACCAUCUGACACAACAGAUACAAUCUCAGUGUCCAGCUCAACAGAUGCUGAAGAAACACAGAAACAAUCUCAGUGUCCAGCUCAACAGAUGCUCAAGCUACAAGAGAUCAGACAACUGAGACACAAAGUAGAGAAACUGUAA